GCAUCCUGGGAUGAGAUUUAUACAGACUGUUCCUUCUUUGCUGAGGAGAGUCCGAAAGGACUGUGGAAGCAUCCUAGCUCCAGUACGGGACAAACCACACGACUGUCCAGACCAGCUCCAACACCCAACAAACAGGCAGGCAGGAGUCACAGACAGCGACGAUGCAGUCAAACCUGGAUCACAAGACGAAACAGAGGAUGUUGCAAGCAAAGGCUCUAUCUAAGGGGGCCAGGGGAGAGGGUCUGAACCUUGGGAAGAAGAUCAGCGUUCCUAAGGACGUGAUGAUGGAGGAGCUCAACCUUCCAUCUAAUCGAGGCUCUCGCAUGUUUCAGGAGAGGCAGAAGAGAGCGGAGAGGUUCACACUGGAGAACACUGCCACUGGUGCUGUUUACAACGCCAACACUGUCCAUGCAGAGGUUGUUCCUCCUCCACAGAUCAUCCCAGAGCCACAGGGAGGAAAAGAGAACCAGAUUUUCCCCAUCGCUGGUAAGCAUAGCCUGGUCAUGAACCUCCAGAAGACUAUAGCAAAGAAGGGCAGCCCUGACGUCCUCGCUCCAGGAUAUUCUGGACCUAUGAAGGAAAUGCCUCAUGAGAAGUUCAACACAACAAUAAUCCCCAAAUCCUACAGUUCCCCAUGGAGUGAAGCUUUGGGAGACAACACAGAGCUCCUGAACGCCCUCAAUACCCAGCUGCCCCAGCUCCCACAAAGACUACAACCACCCAACUACAGGUGCUUCAACAGAUCUGCAAUGCCAUUUGGCGGAGGUCUAGCCAGCAAGAGGGUGAUCCCAGUGAUUGGCUUUGAGGCAGUUGAAUCCCAGUGCCUGCCCGGCCUCGCUCUGGACCGCAUGUGUCGACGGCCCAAUUUUAACAGAGCACCCAGGGGAUGGGGAAAUGAUUACUGCCCUGAAUCCAAUGAACUAUGAAAAGGGCUGGUGAGCUUAAGACUGAAGUUCUGCCCUGCUCUCUUCCUGCAAAGAUGAUCCAUCUGUUAAUCAGUGGGCACUGCAGGAGAGAGAAAGAAAACACUCCUGCAUGAUAUGUAAAGUGGUUUGCUACUGCUUGACCAGAUGAGGUAAACUGCUUGGAUCUGUUUAUUAACACAGUAGAGUCCCGGACAAUGCUGCCACAGGCUGAACAGCUCUAUCCGUUUCCUUUUCUUAUCUUAGCAGUAUCUGAUCCCAUCAAUGUCAGUGCCUGGCACCCUUCUUUACCCACUCCCAGUCUGCAUCUGAUAAUUUUCAAGCUUUGCCUUUACAUCUUUAUCCCCUCUUUGUCUCCUGCUAUUGUGUAAGAGCAACUCAGGAUUCCCACACCUUCGUAAACAUCCAAUUCAAGGACUUUCCAGGCUCAAUCCUCUCAGAUUGAAAGACCCAAGUGGCAUUGUUUGAAACACUGAUCAAGGUUAAUACUGUUCUAACGCUGAAAGAACAUAAUUAGAAAAAGCAGGCUUUACGGAAGCUCACAGACAACAAUAAUAAAAGAGAGGCUUGAUUGUGGAAAUUGUGCUGUUACACAGUGAUGGCAGACAAUAUCAAAAGAACUACAAUUUCUAUAACACAUAAUAUAUCAAUUCAAUCGCUUUCAUUAGCCACUUUUAUGCUGCCUGUUCCAAGGCGGGAAUGUCACACUAUUAUGCUGCCUCACCACUCUGCACAUAAGGUAAGAUCACCAAAGAGACAGAGAUGUCUCGCCUUUCAACUGGCAACAAAGAUUGUACCAUUGCUGAAUCGAGGUGUGUGUCAUAGGGACAAGCUGGCAGGAUGGGGUCGGGACGCAGGAAAUUUAAAAUCUAGAGAGCAACUAUUAGGGGCUAACUCAAAGAAGAAAUAAAGGAGCCAAAUGUCUGCAAAGUGGGAAAACACUGAGAUCCGGGAGCUCCUGGUCCUCUGAGCAGAGGGCGAGAUCAGCCGUCAUAUAACAGCGAUGGUAAAUGAUUGUCAUUGCCAUGAUAUGCCAUUGUUAUAGUUUAGAAAGCGCUUGUAUGUUGUAUGUCACACUAGAGGCUGACACUGUUGUUGUUGAUGUUGUUGCCUCCAGGAUGCUGGCAUGCUGUCUAAAAUCACAAACUGUUACAACAUGAUGACAUUAUUUGGUUCUAUGUAAAAAAUAAAAGGUGGCAAAAAGAAAGGA